CCCGCACCCUGUCUCGGGUCCCGGCGGGUUGUCGGGGCUCCCGGGAGGGCAGGGUGGGGAGGCCGGAGGAGGCGCGGCUGGAAAAAUGGGGGUUAGGUUGGCGGAACCGGCGAUCGUCAGGCGUGCAGGGAAAGCGGGAAGGGACUGGCUGAAUUCUUCCGUGCCGCGCAGGUCCCUCCAGUCCCCAACUCACCCGGGGGGACAGGGGCGCGGCCGAAACCCCAAGGGAUCCGCGCUGGAGCCUCGUCGGGAGCGGGGAGAGGGGGUGGACAAAGCGCCGCGCGCGGCCAGACGAGCCCUGGUGCAGCCCGGCCGGCGUCCGAGCCUGGGGACCCGGGGAGCGCGGAGGCCGGUCCGGGCCAGACCUAGGGGUCUCCGGCGAGCCCCGGGGCGCAGCUCGCGGGCGCCAGCCAGGCGUCCGGAGUCGCGCGGUCCCGCCGCGGACCCGAGGCCGGAGGCGGCUGCGCCCCUAGGUUUGCGCUCCUGUUGGCAAGGUGGCCUCAAGUGACAAAUGGGAGCAAUAACAUACAUCCGUAGAACUCGAAUUCCAGAAACUGGAAUUCUUGUUCUCAAGUUUACAAACCUUUUAUCUUCUAAAGGAACUAAGGCAUUUUGUUGGACCAAAGCUGAAAAGAUUUUGCCACAUAGACCAUGGAAACAGCCUAAGGCUCUUUCAGCAGAAUUUUGCAGCCCGAAUGCAAUUUAGAUUUCAGAUUUCUGAAAGGGAAGAGAAACUCUCGCUUAGAACUGGGAAGGGAGGGUGGUGCAUCUUGUGUGUUUGUCAGCUAAACAGAGCUUUGUUUAUCUUUCAAAUACAGGUUUUACCGGAUUCUGGCUUUAAGUAUAAAUGGUGGGAAUAUUUGGGAACAUGAAAUCUCGCCUGUGUUCCAGUAUCAUUAUAAUUGAUAAUUUAUCAUUGCUAGAGAAAAGAAUUACACGUAUUUUAUUCUUUUGUGUGAUUGGCAUCUUUUGUGAGAAGAGUGAUGUACAUUUUCAUGAGCUAGGAAAUUAUCCUAACAAAGAAACCUUGUUUAAAUAUAUGUAUCAGUAUCUCAGUACCCUUUGAGUUCCCUGCAUUGCCUCCUAUUAUUAUUUUUAAGAAUUAUUUACUUUCUUAAAAUACUUAAAUUCUAUCCAGAAGAUUUCAUUUGUCUAGGUGUCAGAUAUACACCUAAUAUAAGAAAAUUCCAAUAAAUAUUUACAGACACAUUGCUUUAUUAGAGUGGCCACAAUUUAAUGAAGAACUUUUCUUUUUCCACUUUUUUCUCAGAGAAUUAAAGUUCAUUGUCUCAGCCUGGAAAUCAGGUGUUGGGAGAUACAAUUACAUACAAAA